AUGCAGAGUCUCCCAGGCCUGCCGGGCCCUUCGGGGGGCUCCUGCCUCCUGCUCCUCUUCUGCCUGAGCCUGGGCACCUGCUGCCCACCGAGCUGCCAGUGUCCUGAGCACGCGGGGGCCGUGGCCGUCCACUGCAGUGCGCGGGGCCUGGAGAGCAUUCCCGGGGACAUCCCCACCGACGCCGUGCUCCUGAAGCUGGAUGCCAACAGGAUCGCCCGUGUCCCCGACGGGGCCUUCCAGCACCUGGACCAGCUGCAGGAGCUGGACCUAUCUCGGAACGCCAUCGAGAGUGUGGCGCCUGCCGCCUUCUCAGGCCUGGCUGGGGGCCUGCGGCUGCUGGACCUCUCGCACAACCGCCUCCGCCGGGUCCCCACAGCCGCGCUGGGCAAGCUCCGCGCCCAGGUGCGCCUGGCACACAACCCCCUGCACUGCGAGUGUGCCCUGCAGGAGGCGCUGUGGGAGCUGCGGCUGGACCCCGGCUCUGCCCACGACAUCGCCUGCCACACAGCGGAACGGGAGGAGUUUGUGGGCAAGCCUCUGGUUCAGGCACUGGACGCGGGCGUCAGCUUCUGUGGUGCCCACCCCAGGACCACCGACGUGGCCAUGCUGCUCACCAUGUUCGGCUGGUUCACCAUGGUGGUCGCCUACGUGGUAUACUACGUGCGCCAGAACCAGGAGGAGGCCAGGAGGCACCUGGAGUACCUGAAGUCGCUGCCCAGCAACCCCGGGCCCUAG